UCUCCCCCGACCCCGGUACCGGGCCCAUGCCUGGCUCACCGGGCUUCAAGCCGUGUGCGGUCUGUCGUCGGCCGAUGCCCACUGGUGACCCGCACGAAGCCUGCCUUAAGUGCUUGGGCGAGGCCCAUCUGACAGAUAAGUGCCGGAUUUGUAAGGCCUUUAAGCCCCGAAUGAAAAAAGAGCGGGACGUUCGCCUCAAGCAGUUGCUGAUGGAGGCAGCGCUAACUCCCCACUCCUCGGCAUCGGCACCGAGAUCAACCGGUUCAUCGGCACCGGAGCAUACCUCAGCGAAGACUCCGAGUCACUGGCCUUCUCUGGCAUCGGGUUCUACCCAGCACCGCUCGACGUCACCUCCGUGCAAGAAGCGCAAGCCUCCUGCGGCUGCCGUGCCUGCACCACAGUCAGAGCACUUAGCCAGGCCGGACCACCCGGCACUGCCGUCUGCCGCGGCGUCGACUUCCGCCGCACCGUUGACUCCGGCCUCGGACGAGCCGUCGAGUCCGGUGCCUACCAGCUCCCCGGCGCAGGCCACGGUUGAGCUUGUCGUGCCCUCCACUCCGGAGGUGUUCUCCGCGGCACGGGACCUGAUCGCAUUAACGGGGCCUGAGCUGCCUCGACCCCCGGCACCGCCGGUGCGGGUCCCCCAAUCCACAGGCAAGCUGGCCCUUGUAAGACCUUCCUCGCCCGGUACCAUCGGACUUCGCCACUCUCGGUCCCAGUCCAGGUCCCGCAGACGCUCACGAUCCCGCCAUCGUUCUCGAUCCCGGUAUCACUCCCCCUCGCGGUACCGGUCGUGGUCGCGGUACCGCUCGAGGUCCCCGUCGCCGUCCGGACACUACCGGCACCGUUCCAGGUCCCGUCAUCAUUCACGGCACCGGGCUUCCCGCAGCCGAUCUUGACACUACGGCUCCCA